AUGCUAAUUCCAAAAAAUUAGAAUAUCUUAUAAUAGGAGCUUGAUUUAGUAAUAAUUAUAUUUAUUUAAUAUUCAAUUACAGAUGCUACUGUUUGCACUGCAAAAAAAUUAGAGGAGUUAUAAAUAGAUUUUAUGAGAAGAGAAGACUGGUUUGAUAUAUUUUUGUUGUAAGAAAUUUCAAUUGAAAAUGAACAUUUGUCUCUAUUUUAUUUGAAUGUACCUACAUUAACUUUGAAUUUUAUUGAAAAAAGUUAAUUUAUAAAGAUUAAAUAGGGAAAAAGAACUUAAUUACUUAAAUCUUUAUUAUUGUAAAUACUAUUUAUUUGAAUUUAGAAUGAUGGUUUUUUACUUUAGACAUUCAAUUUUUCUUAGGAUUAUUAGAUUAAAAAGCAUAAUUUUAUACUCUUCAUUGGAAAAAUUAAAUCAAAAAUAAAUUAGGUCUUGA